GCUCAGCACUCGUCAACCUCUCUGACCAUCAUGGGCGCACCUACCUCUCUCUCAUCCUACAACCAUGUCGCAGAAACGAAGGAGAAUCUGGACUGGGCAGACUUACCGACGAUCGACCUCUCGCUCGUUAGUACUUCUGAGGGAAAGCGACAGCUCGCGCAGACGCUGAUCGAAGCCAUUCGCACCUUCGGUUUCUUCUACGUGAAGAACUUCAACAUCUCCCAGGAGCGCGUCAAUCGUCAAUUCGCCAUCGGCCAGGCGUUCUAUGAGCUUCCUUUGGAGGAGAAGCUGAAGUACGUUCCUGAUCUCGACAACGGGCAGUACAACGGGUACCGCCCUGCCGGUCGGCGGAUCAUCCAAGGCGGCCUCCGUGACCGCACGGAAGUCUAUAACAUCCCCAAGUUCAACGGCGAUUUCCCUCAGAACCACCCCGCGCCGGUCGCAGACCACAUCGAGGAGAUCGAAGAGUUCGCGAGAUCGCUGCAUUCGGAGGUGUUGGACCCGUUGCAUACGCUAAUCGCGCUGGCCCUCGAACUUCCGGAAGAUUACUUCACCAGCCGACACCGGUACGAAGACAAGAGCGAGGAUCAUCUACGCUACAUGAAGUAUUCCAAGUACACGGCAGAGGAGACGAAGCAGAUUGGUGGGAUCUGGGGCCAGGGGCACACAGAUCUCGGCACCAUCACUCUGCUCUUCAGGCAACCCGUUGCGGCCCUGCAAAUCAAGGAUCAUCUCACUGGGCAGUGGAAGUGGGUAAAGCCGCAAGACGGUACGCUCACCGUCAACACCUGUGACGCUUUGUCGUUCUUGACUGGUGGAUACAUCAAGUCGACCAUUCAUCGUGUCGCAGCCCCACCUAAGGACCAACAACAUGUCGACCGUUUGGGAUUGCUGUACUUUGCUCGUCCUCGCAACGACCUCGUCCUCUCGACUGUCGAUAGCCCAGUCCUGAAACGUGAGGGGUACACCCAGAACGAGUUCGAAAGGGAAGGUGUUCACGUUCCCACCAUGGAAGAGUUCACGUUCAGCAAGCAAAAGUGGCAACAAGCACAGGGCGAGUAUAAGGAUGGGGCCACUAUCCUCCCUGGUUUCAAAGGCCAAAUCUUCAAGUAA